GAAGUGGAUGGACAUGAGAUUGGCAGAAUAAGGUCGGAGGAUUGAUUGAGAAUCGUUCGAGACUGCAAAAUCCAAAACCAAACACAACGCACAACAUUCGUCAUUCACCGCCUUGUCUUGUCUUCUUCUGUCUCCGAAUCACGGAAUCUCUCUGAAUCGCGGGAUUAAGAGAGGAAUAUGCAACAGAGGCUAAAGUUGCAGCAACAACAGGCCCUCAUGCAGCAAGCUUUGCUUCAACAGCAGCAGAUGUACCACCCUGGCAUGCUCGCCGCUGCUAUGUCUCAGAUGGAGCCUGUUCCAAGUGGAAAUGUGCCUCCUGGUUUUGAUACGUCUGCAUGCCGUAGUGUUUAUGUAGGAAAUAUUCAUGUAAAUGUCACCGAUAAACUUCUUGCAGAAGUUUUUCAGAGUGCUGGUCCUCUUGCUGGCUGCAAGCUCAUAAGAAAAGAAAAGUCCUCUUAUGGUUUUGUGGACUACCACGAUCGAGCAUCUGCAGCCCUUGCAAUAAUGACAUUGCAUGGACGACAACUGUAUGGUCAAGCACUUAAGGUGAAUUGGGCAUAUGCCAAUAGCAGUAGGGAGGACACGUCAGGGCACUUCAAUAUAUUUGUCGGUGAUUUGAGUCCAGAGGUUACUGAUGCAACUUUAUUUGCUUGCUUCUCAGUCUAUCCUAGUUGUUCUGAUGCAAGGGUUAUGUGGGAUCACAAAACUGGUCGGUCAAAAGGAUAUGGUUUUGUUUCUUUCCGUGAUCAUCAGGAUGCCCAAAGUGCAAUAAAUGAUAUGACAGGUAAGUGGCUGGGAAAUAGGCAAAUACGAUGCAACUGGGCAACUAAGGGUGCUGGUGGCAGUUCCAAUGAAGAGAAGAUUAAUGACAGUCAAAAUGCUGUUGUGCUUACAAAUGGAUCUUCAGAUGGAGGUCAAGAUAAUAACAAUGAGGAUGCUCCUGAUAACAAUCCUUCAUACACCACAGUUUAUGUUGGCAACCUUCCUCAUGAUGUAACACAAGCUGAACUUCAUUGUCAGUUCCAUGCACUGGGGGCUGGGGUGAUUGAGGAGGUUCGAGUUCAGAGGGAUAAAGGUUUUGGAUUUGUCAGAUACAACACUCAUGACGAAGCUGCACUGGCCAUUCAGAUGGCUAAUGGAAGACUUGUUCGUGGGAAGAAUAUGAAGUGUUCAUGGGGUAGUAAACCAACUCCACCUGGAACGGCUUCAAACCCACUACCUCCUCCUGCUCAACCAUAUCAAAUACUUCCCACUGCAGGGAUGAACCAAGGGUAUUCUCCUGCGGAGUUGUUGGCUUAUCAGCGCCAACUGGCCUUGAGUCAGGCUGCUGUAUCUGGUCUUUCAGGUCAAACUCUUCUGCAAAUGACUGGACAACAUGGCCUAGCUCCAGCUUCGAUGGGCGUAAACUCUGGGGCAUCUCAAGCCAUGUAUGAUGGAUAUACCGGUAAUUCAUCGAGACAGCAGCUUAUGUACUAUCGUUGACACACUGGCCAGCGCAGAUUCACAGUUGCAUUGUUAUCUUCUGGGGGCUUUGAUGUGCAUCACAUUUCUCUUUGCUUCCCCACAGCAUGUCCUUUUCAUACUGGGCUUUUUUUAUUGAGGUAUUAUCGUGGCUUGAUAUUUAUUUAAUUUUUACGUCGUGUUGUAUUUUGUAUUGUUUGAUCUAAUGAGGAUUUGAUGGCUCGAAAAAGAGGAAUCUAUGUUUUGCUAGAAAGAGCAGCGAAUUUUAUGUUUGGGUAGUUUUCAUCAAUGUUAUUGUGUAUUAUAUUUAUAUAUAAGUAUGACUCAAGUUCGUGUUAAUAAUCUUAUGCCUUUUUGUUUUC